AUGACUGACCUGACAUCACUGACUAUGAUGGACGCCUUCAACACAAGUUUCUCCCACACAGAGUUUAUUCUCUUGGCAUUUCCUGGGACCACUGUAUCCAGAUCUGUCCUCUUUAUCCCAUUUCUAGUAUUGUAUGUCAUGAUCUGGUCUGGUAACUCUCUCCUUAUGUACAGGAUUUGGGUGGAACCAAGUCUUCAGUAUCCCAUGUAUUGGCUCAUCUCUCUUCUAUUUGCCGUCAACUUGUACUGCACCACCUCCAUCAUGCCAAAGUUCCUGUUGGGUCUUGCCUUUGGCUUGAAUCAGGUUUCCCUGGGUGGCUGUCUUGUUCAAAUGUUCUUCAUCUACUCAUCAUUAGUGUUUGAGUCUGCGCUAGUCUUGGUAAUGGCCCUGGACAGGUUUGUAGCCAUCUGCCGGCCAUUGCACUACCACACCAUCAUGACCAAACGUCUACUGAUCUGGCUGAAUGUCAUCAACAUGUCUAGAAGUGUCUUGCUUGUGUCUCCAGUUGUUAUAACCCUUUCUAAGGCUCACUUCUGCAGAUCAAACAUCAUCUUUAGCUUUGCUUGUGAAAACCUGGGACUCAUAAACUUAGCGUGCGGAGAUGUCUCAAGUAUGCAUAUGUUGGGACUGCUGGUUCGGACCAUGGUUUCAGUGGUAGAUGGAGGCAUUCUCCUGCUCUCGUACAUUAAAAUUCUCUACACUGCAAUGAAGUUGGUCUCAGGGAAAGCCCAAAAUAAAGCCUUGAAUACCUGCGGGACACACCUGAUGGUGGCUGCACUCAUCUAUUCCUGUGGCAUAUUAUCAAGAUUAGGUUUGUCUGUUUCUGUUACUGUUCAGAAUAUGAUCAGUGUCACAUACUACCUGGUUCCACCUGCUGUCAACCCACUUAUUUAUGGCUUACGUGUAAAGGAAAUCAGACUCUGCUUAAAGAAAUCCUACGGAAGGAAUUUAGUAAAGGAAGACAGAGUUGGACAGGGACAUACAUAAUUGACCAACAUCAGGCAACUUGAGAUGAGAAGCCUUGUCAAUCAGGUAUUCUAUAUCAGUAUUUGGGAGCUUUACUUAAUCA